UAAGUGCAUUUCGGUAAUUAUACAAGUCGACGGAGGUCGGAAAAAGUGGGCUAUAAGACGCUCCGCUCCCGCUAGGGUUUUCGAUUCCUCCUCCUCCUCUACUACGUUAAUUAUCUCUUCAGAGACAAAGCAGCGGCCGCCGAGAGGAGAACGACGCGGAAAUGGGGAAGGGCACAGGGAGCUUCGGGAAGCGGAGGAACAAGACGCACACUCUCUGCGUGCGGUGCGGUCGCAGGAGCUUCCACAUCCAGAAGAGCACCUGCGCCUCCUGCGGAUACCCCGCCGCUCGAAUCCGCAAGUAUAACUGGAGUGUGAAGGCAAUCAGGAGGAAGACCACAGGCACAGGAAGAAUGAGGUAUCUUCGUCACGUGCCUCAAAGAUUCAAGAGCAACUUCAGAGAAGGAGGCGAGGCUGUUUCGAAGAAGAGAGGAGCUGCUGCUGCUUCCGCUUCAAGCUAAGCAUUGCUGAUGGGAGCAUUUACAUUACCUUGCAUCUUGCAACAACUAGAACUUUUCUUUUUGGUUGUAUUAUGUGGAUUCUCUUUGCUAAAUUAGGAUGAAGGAAUGUGAGUUUUGGUUUAAGUUUGCCGCGGCUUUUUAGCUGUUGAAUUUUAUUUAUCUUAAAAUGAGGAGAAAGUUUUUGACUUUCAUUGCCAUUGGAUAUCCUUUUAAUUGCCUGCUUGAGUGAGUUCCUUGUGUUA